AUGAAACUUCUGGACCCAAUGUAUUGUCCUGAUGACCGCAUGAACGUGGUGUCGGACUCCGCCUUCCCGUGUUCCACGGCAAUGACAGGCGGGAUCCUGACUCCACUGAAGGACGGGGACCUCGAGAGAAUUGAGCCAUCGCUUCGUAGCUCAGCAAGGACGCUGCACAACGCCAUCACUUCAGUGAGGCAGGCUGCAGAGUGGGGUAUGGGCAGCGUACAGAAGGUUUAUAGUCGUUUGAACCUGCCGCUGCCCUUUGAUCCGAAUCUCCGUGGCCUCAGGCUCAACAACAUGUUCCGUAUGGCCAAUUACCGAGUUCGUACAAUUGGUAUAUCAGAGAUCCGAACAACUUUUACGGGUGCAAUGGAGAUGGCACUAUAG